GAUUACUAGUAUUUGCAUAAGACAAAUAGUCAAAACAUAGUAAAAAGAAAGGAAAAAGAAACUUCGGUGCCUGCCAACUAAAUCAAUAAUCUAGGUAGGCAACUAAAUUUAUCUCGUUACCAAUUAACUGAAAAUCAGCAAAAUGUCUGACUCUGAAGAUGAUGAUAUAUUCAAGAGGGACUUUAAUGAUAUCGCCGAUGAAAUUGAUAGGUGUAAAAAAAAUCCAGAAACCUCUGGAAUGUUUGUUUCUGGCUGGGAUGACGCCGAUGCUGAUGUCAAUGUUGUGAAAAAUCCUAAAGAUAAUCCUGUAGAUUACAUUCUGUGGGCUGCUGAAAAUGGUAAACUAGACAUAAUAAAGGAAUUGUUGAAAACCCAGCCUGGACUAGUACAUGCAAGAGACGCAGAUGGAUACAGUCCACUACAUAGAGCCGCAUACAGCAAUCACGUGCAUGUCAUAUCAUACUUGCUGAGUAAAGGUGCUAAUAUCCUGGCCAAAACCGAACUGGGUUGGACACCGUUACAUUCUGCAUGCAAUUGGAAUAAUUAUGCUGCUGCUGCUCGACUAUUGGCCGGUGGUGCAGAUCCGGCUGCCCUCUCAGAAGGAGAACAAACUCCACUGCACCUAGCAGCAGCCAUAAGCCAUUGCAAGUCAACUCUGCUCAUAUUAUUCUUACGAGAAGAUAUUGUAAAAAUUGCUAAGAGACCUAACAAUUCUGAUGAAACACCAGAACAGUUGGCGAGAGGGCAUGGAAUAUAUGCUCCCCUGUUUGAAAUGGUCUUACCGGCUGCAUCAUACAUUAAAUCUAUGGCAUUUACUUCUAAUCCUUAUAUGAAAGUGGAAGAUUAAUCACUAGCAAGGUAUAAAUUUAUAAUGUCAAAAAUCUAAAUUAUAAUGUCUAUCACUAGAUUUAAAUGUUUUGUUUAAAGUUUAUGUUGUGUUUAAAAAGUGAACUCUCUUUGCAUUUUUACUACUGUAUACUAUCAGAAA